UCCUCCUGAUAUCAACGCUUCGCGCAGUUUGUUGAUAUCGAGACGUCAAUAGUUUUGCACUCAUUUCUUUAUUUGCUUAGUGCCUGAUUGUCAAUUCAUUAAAUAAUUAUGGAUUCACUUAAUAAUUCAGAAUGUAAAAAAUCGAACUGGAACUAUGCUAGUACAUUGAAAUUCAUAGAAAGUUUUAAAACUGAACCAGUUUUGUGGAACCCAGAACAUCAAUAUUACAGGAACUACCAAUUGCGUUUCGCCGCAUGGGUGAGAAUUAAAAAUAAUUUUGGUUGGCCUGAUACAGUGAAGGAACUAGAUUUUAAAAUGAGAAAACUUAUUCGUUGUUAUAACAAGUAUCUAAUUGAAAGUAAACAGUUAUCGAAGCUUGUACCAAGUGAGGAUAUCCAACCAAAAUGGUAUGCUUUUGCGACAAUGCAUGGUUUUCUUGGCCAGAUAACCACACAGAUCAAUGAAGAAGCCGAGAAACCGAUGAAGUCGAUGAAUGUUACUACCAAGGCUGAAGAAAAAGUGAAAAUGCCAAAAUUAGUAAAAAUAAAAAAAAAUAAACAGCAAGGACAAUCCAGUGAUGAUGAAUACGACAGAUUCGGAAAAUUAAUUGCAAUCAAGAUAAAAAAACUGCCCAAUCCUGACACGCAAGAGAGAGUAAUGCUUGAUAUUCAUAGAAUAAUUGCCGAAGAAGUCAUAUUAGAUCGCCUUGGGGAAAAAAAUCCUCCUCCAAAUCAUUGCUAAAUUAACAAAUAUAUUUCCUGAAAAAUGUCGCAGAAUUGAACUACAACAAACAAAAUGAUGUCUACGCACACAGUAGUGAAGAAGCGAGCAACCGUAUUCCGCGUGUCCAACGAGGUCAUUUUCCAUCCUCGCUCAUGAGAUUAAGAACGACAGGGGAAAGUGUUACACAGCAUCACUAAAACUAUAAGUAGGAGGCAUCCGCGCGCGCGCAGCGCAAAGCUCUCACGCCGACGCAGUGUCACGGACGCGCGCUUACUGUUUACAAAAUUCGUACUAUCAAUUAGCAGUGCACGAGUGUGUAAUUAUAUGACACUUGGAUAUAUACCUAUUUUUAUUGCGGAUAGACGUGUGUCUUCAAAAUGACAUCGUCUUUACUUCUGGCGAGCACGAUAGUUACUAAUAAUAGCAAACAAAUAAAUGAUGAUAUGCCAAAAAUCACCACAGCACGACAGUCGAGUGGGAAAAAUAGAGACUAUGAAUGGCAAAUAGUAUGGAGAAACGUCUUAGGCUUCAUUUAUCUUCAUGCUGCUUUCGUCUAUGCAAUGUAUUUAACAGUUACCGGCAGAUUUAAAGUAUACACAUAUAUAUUUGCUUUGAGUUUCUCCAUAUUGUCGGCUAUGGGUGUUACGGCGGGAGCGCACAGGCUGUGGGCACACCAAGCAUAUAAAGCGAAAUGGCCAUUGAGAUUAGUAUUGGCUAUAUUACAAACUAUGGCUUUCCAGAAUCAUAUUUACGAGUGGGUGCGAGACCACAGAGUACAUCAUAAAUUCACGGAAACCGAUGCGGACCCGCACAACGCCAAGCGCGGCUUCUUUUUCUCCCACAUGGGUUGGUUGAUGGUGAGAAAGCAUAAGGAUGUAUUCGAGAAGGGCAUCACCAUUGAUAUGUCAGACUUGGAGAAAGACCCCAUCGUUAUGUUUCAGAAAAAAACAUUUUUAUUCGUGAUGCCACUGUUAUGUUUCGUGAUACCGGCGUGGAUUCCUUAUUACUUCUGGAACGAGGACCCGUGGUCGUCGUGGUACAUCGCCGCAAUAUGGCGAUACACGUUGUCUCUCCACUUCACGUGGCUCGUCAACUCCGCUGCCCACAUGUGGGGCAACAGGCCGUAUGAUAAGUACAUAGGCGCAACUGACAACAAAACUGUAGCAAUAUGUGCGUUCGGCGAGGGCUGGCACAACUACCACCACGUGUUCCCGUGGGACUACAAGGCGGCCGAGUUGGGCAACUACUCUACCAACAUGUCGACGGGACUCAUCGAUCUUGCUGCUAAAUGGGGUUUGGCUUACGAUUUGAAGACGGUAUCUGUAGAAAUGAUAAGGAAACGUGCAGCGAGAACUGGGGACGGAUCGCAUCCCUCAUCACAGCGUGCCAAAGAUUCUGAUGACGACCAUCACCAUCCGGAAAACCCUGUGUGGGGCUGGGACGACAAAGACAUGCCCGAAGAAGACAGACUAUGCGCAGAAAUACAUAGAAAAGUUGAAUAAUUUCACGCUUAUUCGGUUUGGUUCGUUAGUAACGUGCAAAAAAAGCUUUUGAUGUGAAAAUGUUGCGGAACGCAACGAAGCUGGUUUAAAUUAAUCCUUUGUGUAAAGAAAUAUGUCUGUACUAGUAAGCAAUAAGGGUGGUUGUGCAGCUCUAUUAGCAAUUGGUGGCCGAAAAUUUUAUGUACUGACUGACGUAAUGAGAAAAUUCAGAGAAAAGCUUCUAAAUUGUAGACAGCUAUUAAUAAGGAGUAGACUACAAUAAAGUUAUAACAAAACCAACGAAACAGUUAUUAAUUUUGCGGUGUAAACUUGUCUGGUAUAAAAUUGCUAUCAUUUAAUAUUUAGUACCAUGACUUUAAUGCGAUUUCACUGCCUUCCUAAUGCAACUCGAACUGCGUAAUGUAAAUCUUCAUCAUCAGCCUUUUACACACAACACUCUGGGGCAUAGGCGUUCUCUAUGGAUAUCACACGAAAUGGACAGAUGAAUAGAUGGAAGAGGAUCAUGGCCCAAUGGCCUAAUGCAGAUUGGUAGAUGCAAACUGCAGAUGCAGCCGGGACCAACGGCCUUGGGCACCCAUCCAAUGACCGAUAAUUGUGGAAGUUGUUUAACUUUCACGAUCGCAGGCCAAACGCACUAACCACAUUUGCCAUCGAGCCCGUCAAAUAAAUAACUCUUUAGCUUUAUCUUUCCCAUGUAACAUUCAUAAUUAAGUAACAAAAACUUGCACUUUGUUUUGACUUGAUGUGUUGCUUAAUAUUAUAUUUGUAUUCAUUUAUUCAUCAUAAAUUGGUGGCUAUUUAGACGACUGACUCCGCAUCAGUAGAUAAACAACAAAUAACAGUAUAUACAUAAUAAAAAUGAAUCCAACAUGCCCCUGGAACCUGCUAGUUGGACUGCCUGUGUAGCAAGUUUAAUAAUAACUAAAUUAAAAUAAUAUUAAAUACUGGAUUAUUUGUACUAGUUUCCAGCGCCGAUCUAAAAGGGAAGGAAAAUCAUCAUGCAGACACCAUCCCCGUUAUUAAUAAACGAGGAAUAAGUUUAGACUAGCUACACCGUGUUUUGUUCCUAUCACUCAAAUGCCAUUUGUUAUUCAAUGAACACAGACAAAACAUGGAGUUACUAAUCCAAGCUUAUUCUCUGUUAAUUAAUAAAGGGGUAUAAGUUUUCAAAGUCAAGUUUAGGUAGCCUGUCACUUUUGAUUUGAAUUUGAUCCUAAAAUAUUGUCAUUGUUAUUUGGUAUCAUUGAGGUGUGAAUAUAUUUAAAUGAAAUAAAAUUAUAGUUUAUUCAAAUUGGCUCAUAGAAAGUUCUUUUGAAUCGUCUAGUAUUUUUGUCCUACCUUUCCUGUUGUUUUAACUAUAACUGAUGUUUUGCUAUCUUAGCAAGGUGAUGUGGCUUUAAACUUUGUAUGUACAAAAUAAUUUGUUUGAAUUUGCGUAUAUUUGAAAUAGAAGUAAGAAAACCAAUAUAAACCCACAGAUAUACGUGUCCACCCAGGGUGUCUACUGCUCAGUUCAGUUCAGUAAUAAAUAUUUAAAACUAAAAACUGACGAAAUUAACAUAAGCAUGACGUUUACAUAAAUUCAAAGAUUACAAUAAUUAGCAAUGAAAAUAGUUUUCAUAUUUAUUAUUAUUUAUUUAUUGUUUUGUUUUUUUUAUUAGGAGCCUAUAACAAAUUAAUUAUGAACUAAUUAUUGCUCAAAUAUCAGCCGAAAUCUUAUUUAAAGAAAAAAUGAGAUAUUUCUUGUUGAAACUUAAUAGCACAAUAUUUAUUGACUGACACAUUAUAGGCCCUUAAUGAAAAUUAUUGUUAUAUAAGUUAAAAGACUUGAUAAUAAUAUGUAAUAGAUAUAAUGGAACAAAAGUAGCGAUAGAUUAAGUAAAUAAAGAAUUUUGACAAUUAUUGCGUUAAAUAAUUCAUUAAACG